AUGCCACGACCAGAUCCGAGCAGUCUCACACUGAACCACCACAAACCUCUUACCACAUUCGCACCCUACCUAACAAGCUUAUUACAGAAUGUACCAACACUCCAAAUGAGAGUAGCCAAUCUAAGUUGCUACGAUCAUAUAUCCAAAUGUAAGGCCAAACUUACAUGGCGACCUCUCGAUGAAGGUGGAGACGGUAAGAGUUGGAAGGGAGUCAUUCAAGUUGAUUGUACACCAGGUACGCUAAUUGAUUGCAGAUGGACAAAACAUGAUCAAGAAUUGAUUAAUAAAGAGAGAAGAGAGUGGAUGGUGAUUCCUUAUGAUCCUGGUAAUUGGAAUUAUGAUGAUCCUGAUGAAAUUGUCAGAUUCUCUGCUCUACGAAAUCAAAGACAGAUAAAUGAAGAAUUAUCCAGAUUGUUCGAGAACCCUUCUACCACUGGGACCACUGGGACUAGUGAGGUGGUAGGUGAAAAGAUGAAUAAACAAAAAACAUUGGAUUCGACCAAGAUCAAAGAAGUGAAUUGGCGUACAAACAGACCGAGUGAGAUGUCAAUUGAUACUAUCCAGACUUUUGGUGAUACGAUGGAAAUUCCUAUAGGAUAUAACAGUAUGAACAGAUCCGAUUUAACAAAUAACCAAUUGAUUGGUAUUGAUAAUAAGACAGAAGAUGAAGAAUUGACUAAAGUCCUCUUUUGGUCCAAUCGAUUGAUCAAUUCCCUACCAUUUCGCAAGAGCUGCGAAGAAGAUGAAGAUGAAGACAAUCGAGCGAUGUUCUUAUCCCAGUUCGAAUUGAAAUGUCAAACGUGGACAAAAGAUGAUCCUCAUGGAUAUUCGUUCGAGGUUUACAUCGACCAAGAUCAAUUUCCGAACGGAAGCGCAAGCAAGAACCAGAACAAGGCUGGACCGAGUGAUAAUCCGGAUUGGAGAUCGAAUAGGAUCUGGAUAAGGGAUUACAGAAAGAAUUAG